AUGAGUGCCCAAUGGCCAGAACUCGGAAGCACAAUAAAUUUAAUGCGGGUUCAACAUGCGGAUCUAGCACUCGCCCACGCACUUAUGCGCGAGCGGGCACGAAUGGAGCAAGAUUUUAUUGGCGGGCUGCGAGCAUUGGUCGAGCAGUACAAGCCUGCACCUGAAGAGGAAAACAGAGAGUACUCAAAGGUACUCAUCGACGCAUUCGAGCAAGAAAUCAAGGCUCACUUGGAUAUCAAUCCGAAGGUGCCUGAGCAGCCUAUGUUAGAUGAUAAGGAAUUAUCAGUAGGCUCGGAGCUCGCACAGGAGCUUCAUGCUGCACACAAGAAGCAUGAAGACAAUUAUACCAAGCUUUUAGCUUCGAAAGAUGAGCUAAAGGCUUGGUCCAAUGAAAUCAAGACGGACCCAGCUCAGAUCCGAAUGCCAUUGGUAGAGCUUGAAUACCGCCUAAGCGUGCACCGUCAACGCGAAUCUGCGAGAAACCUCCAAGCGUGGUAUAACACCCAACUGCCUCCACUGGUGGAAUCCCAUCAUUCGAUCUUGGAGAACACGAAAAGCAGUCAUGAUAAACGCAAUAAACGCAAGGAUUGGUUUUGCAACAAUUUACUUCCAUUGGGUUACCGAGCGUCCAUUGGAGGAAAGAUGGAUAUAGAGUCGAACAGCCAAGCACUCAGACCGGUGGACUACUGUAACUGGUUCUUUGAUGGGCGACCUUCGCCUCUACGGUUUGGCAUAGGCACUCUAGAGUGCGAUCUACGGACACUUCACUGGUCACCUUCAGUCACGUACAUGCUGAAUGCUGAGCGGGACGAUGUCGCCGCUUGGUCACUGCCACCAGACCUCAAUGGGGUAUGCUGA